UUCGUAAGGACGUAUCUAUUGCGAUACAAAGACUUUAUGCAUUCGAGAGAAACGAUCUUUACCGGCCUUCAACUUCCUCUUCCCGUAACUGGAUAUAAUGGCGUCCGGAACUCUCUACACGUACCCGGAAAAUUUCAGAGCCUACAAGGUGCUGAUUGCAGCUCAAUAUUCCGGUGCUCAAAUCAAGAUUGCCGAUGAUUUUAUUUUUGGCGAGACAAAUAAAAGUGAAGCUUUCUUAAAGAAGUUUCCACUAGGCAAGGUUCCAGCAUUUGAAACUGGCGAUGGAAAAUGUAUUACGGAAAGCAAUGCAAUUGCUUAUUAUGUGGCAAAUGAUCAGCUGAGAGGUAAAACUGAUUUAGAACGUGCAGAAAUUAUACAAUGGUUUGGAUUUGCAGAUUCAGAAAUUCUUCCAGCUAGUUGUGCAUGGGUAUUUCCAUUGCUUGGAAUUAUGCCAUAUAAUAAACAGAAUGUAGAACAUGCUAAGGAUGAUGUGAAAAAGGCCCUGACUGCCCUAAAUUCUCAUUUACUUACACGUACUUACCUGGUUGGAGAACGACUGACAUUAGCAGACAUUAGUGUAGCCAUGACAUUACUCCAUUUGUAUCAAUAUAUCCUUGAACCAAAUUUACGUAAACCAUAUCAGAACGUAAAUCGAUGGUUUCAAACUGUUAUUUAUCAGCCUGAGUCAAUGGCUGUAAUUGGAGCCUUUAAAUUGGCUGAAAAAACUCUUGAAUAUGACCCAAAGAAAUUUGCAGAAACUCAGGGAAAAUCUUCGAAGAAAGAGAAGAAAGAAAAAGAGUCCAAGAAGGAACCAAAAGAACCAAAAGAAUCCAAGAAGGAAGCUGCUGAAGAGUUAGACCCAGCAGAUGCUGCUUUAGCUGCUGAACCUAAAACUACAAAUCCUUUUGAUACAUUACCCAAGGGUAGUUUUGAUCUUGAUGAUUUUAAGAGAUUUUAUUCGAACGAAGAUGAAGCGAAGUCGAUACCUUACUUUUGGCAAAAGUUUGAUCCAGAGCAUUAUAGUAUUUGGCUCGGUGAAUACAAGUAUAACAAUGAAUUAACUAAGGUUUUCAUGUCUUGCAAUUUAAUAAGUGGAAUGUAUCAACGAUUAGAUAAGAUGCGAAAGGGUGCAUUUGCUAGCGCUUGUCUGUUCGGUACAGAUAACGACAGCAGCAUCAGUGGUAUUUGGGUUUGGCGCGGACAAGAACUUGCUUUCACAUUAUGUCCGGACUGGCAAGUAGAUUAUGAAUCGUAUAGUUGGACCAAAUUAGAUCCCGCUAAUGAAGAAACAAAACAACUGGUUCAACAAUAUUUCAGCUGGACUGGCACCGAUAAAGAGGGACGUAAAUUUAAUCAAGGAAAAAUUUUCAAGUAAAACUUUGCCAUAUGCUUAUUAUUAAACAGAACACUUUGUUCGCAUGAAAUAAACGUGAAAAAAACUGAUAAAACAUCAUCGAACUUUACAUGCAAACCUUUAGAAUCCUGUAUUAAAUAGGAUGAUUUUCAAAAACAUGUUCCUUUCUGUAGAUCUCUAUUGUGUAACUUAAUAUCUUUAAGUUUGCUAUAUCACAUUUGAAAUACCUUAUUGAAACAACUUUUAAUACAUUUUUUGUACGAUGAUACGAGUCAAAUGUGAUAUUUGGAUUUCGUGUAACAUCGAAUAAAUACUAUAGUCUGAAGUAAGAUUUUAAUUUUUAGCAAUAUAAACGACAUAUUUUCAUUGAUCAGUGGAUUCUUUAGAAAUUUCUAUUCUACAUAAUUGCAUUAAAUUAUUUAACUUAUAAAUUGUUUUAAUAUAUGUCAAAUAUAUAUAAAUUCAGAUAAUUUAAAAUAGUAUUAAGAAAUUAUCGUUUAACGGGAAACCAUAUAUUACAGUUAAUAAUUUAUUAAUCAUCAAGAGAGAAAUAUAGGAGUAUGAACGCAUUGUAACAUCUUCAUUUAAAUCAGUUGCUAUGGUUUGUUUGCUAUGUUAGUUUGUGUGAAAUUUAAUUUUAAAUAUAAUGCAUAUUUUUACAAAAA